AUGAACAAUAGUGGUGUUGGUGGUGGGAGAAGGAAAAUGGGUGCCCCUUUGUCUAACCGUGCGAAAGAUAGAGAUGAAGAUCUUGUUUUGUUCCGAGAGAUGCAUAAGCGUGAUAAAGAUCGAGUUGUCAGCCUUCUUCAGCCUGUUUCUGAUGAGUUUGAACCCAAUGGAAACUAUCCAUAUUAUGGGAUGUCAUCUGCAAAGAAAGGACCAGCAUUCCUUGGAGAGAAUGAGAAAAACGACUACGACUGGCUGAAGACACCGCCAGCUACACCUCUCUUUCCAUCUCUUGAGAUGGAAACAAAAAAUGCACUUGAACUCGUGGUUCAACGUGAAUUGCCCAUCAUGCAACCACUUUCACGGUUUGCAGUAAAGCCAGAAGAGAAGGAAACAAAGCAAACAAACAUUGGAAACAAUGCAGGAAGGCAAAAACCGACUACUCCUAAACCAAGGAUUCCAGCAAGAUCUGUAACCCCCAACGGGAGGUCAAGUAGUUUGUUUACCGAUAACAAGAAGAACAUAAAAACUGCUCCGAUUCCAUUGAUAAGCAGUGUCAACAAGACUAAUGAUGCUGACUUCGCUAACAAGCCUAACACAACUUCAACUAUGUCAAAAUCAUUGGGUGAAAGAGACUGUCGUUUCACUCUAAUGGGUUCAAAUCAAUCAAAAAGCAUUCAGGGAACAAACUCGGCAUCAAGAACCACACAGAAGCCUAGAGGGGUAUCACCUCUUGUAACAUCCCGGAUCACACAACUUCCUGGUUUUUCAGAUGAAACACCAGCAAAUUUAAGAACAGAUCGAUCCACGUCAGCUUCAAGAGGAAGACCUGUCAACCAAAGUAUACAAAACACUCUUGUUGCUGCACCUCAAAAACCUGAUGUUUCCAAUAUAAGAGGAAGAAGGCAGUCAUGUUCACCAAGUGUUAACAGAGGACGAAAAGUGGCACCUACUAGUGAAGAAAGUAUGAACACUGUGACUGCUCAAAAGGGUAGUAGAAUGUAUCAAGCAGGAAACGGGGGCCAUUUUCUUGGAAGCAGGAUGGUAGACAAGCUUAUGAAUGCCAGAAAAUUAAACAUUGAAGAGAAGAAACUUAAUAGUUCUAUCAAUGAGGGAUCUGGUUAUGGAAGGAUCAUGUCCAAGGCUUCACUGGAUAUGGAACCUAAAAGAGAUUUAGUUCAUUCCCGUCAAGUUGGAACAUCGCUGGGAAGGAAAUUUACAUCCACGACUAAUGCAGGUAGUUCAAGGUCAAGUGGGGGAAGUUAUCGAGCAAUAUAA